CUUAAACAAUAUUAUAACUAGAGAUCGGAUAGUAUUUCAGUAGAACCCUUUAGUUAUUAGAGAUCAUAAAAGUUCCAAAGGCUGCCAUCGUGAACCGCACUAAAAUAGGGGCAUGCGAGGUCACGUGAUACGCCAUCCCCGACGAGCUCAUUCAGCUUGACCUGAAUCCUUUGGCGGAAUUCCGACAGAAAAAUAACAUUUGCAUUUUAGAAUAAAUAUGACAAAACUAUCCCGUUAUUGAAGCUGUUUUGUGAACAGUUGCAAAAAAAAAAAAAAUCCUCCGAUCGAAACGCCAUGGUUUCUUACAGCCAGAUCAAAGCCUCCAAUGUCCUAAUCACCGACGGCCCACGUGUCUCGGUGUUCGUCGGUGGUACCUCCGGCAUCGGAAACUACACGGCGCGGGCCCUAGUUUCGACCGGUGCGAGUGUGAGAGUAUACAUCAUCGGACGCGAGAGCUCCGAGGCCCGUACACGCGCCUUUAUCGAGGAGCUGAAUGCCAUCAACCCCAAGGCCGAAAUCAUCUGGAUUGCAGGCGAAGUCUCUCUGCUCGCAGAAGUCACCAGGGUGUGCGGGAUUAUCAAGGAAAAGGAAUCACGCAUCGACUUGCUCUUUCUCACUACCGGAUAUGCGCCCGUCGGUGCGCGCGAGGACACCGCCGAGGGUAUCGAAAUUACGCAGACCCUCGCGUACUACUCGCGGAUGCUCUUCAUUGUGCAGCUCUUGCCCCUCCUUCACGAGGCCGAGAAUCCUAGGGUUAUCAGUGUGCUAGGUGGUGGCCUGGAGAGAACCUCAGGCAUUAUCCUGGAUGAUAUGGAAUUGAGGAAACCGUCCAAUUUCGGUCCUAUCAACGGACAGAUACACUGUGGUACAAUGAACACUGUGUUUAUGAACAAGCUGGCACGCGAAAAUCCUGAAGUCACCUUCUUUCAUUCCUGGCCGGGCUGGGUAAACACAGGCAAUGUGAACAGGGGCUAUGAGCCGAACUCGAAAUGGGCGUGGUUUGUCUGGCUCUUCCUCGAGCAUAUUAUUGAGCUGUUUGGUUUCAGUUACGAAGAGUCCGGACAGCGCUACUUGUUCCAGUGUACCAGUGCGGCUUACGGAGGUCAGGGUACUCCCUGGAACGGCAAGAUUGGUGUUAACACUAUGAAUGAGACGGGGAAAGGAUUGUUUCUCGUCAACUACAAAUGCGAUUGCACUCCCAACUCUAAGGUGGUUGCGGAGCUUCGACAGAAAGCGGAAGACAAAGUAUGGGACUACACGCAGGAGAUUUUUAAACGCUAUAUGUAGAUACAGAAGCAUUUGUCAAUUUAAUCACCCUGACCAACAAUGCCAUAACAAGAGCUUAUAACUAAGUCGCAAUGAUUCAUCAGCUACGACCGAACCAGUCAUUGAAAUCGACGAUAAAAAUGGAAUAGGGCGAUGACCACUCUGGCUAUUUCCGCCUGUUUGGUACGAGGAUUCAAGACUAUUACUCACUUUCAGGAAAUACAAGCUAAGCCGUCCCGUCAAAGAGCUCAGCGUCAAUUUUGCUGUU